AUGACUCUGGAGGCUAUCCGCUACUCGCGGGGCUCGCUGCAGAUCCUCGACCAGCUGUUGUUGCCCCAGCAAAGCCGCUAUGAGGCGGUGAGCUCGGUGCGCCAGGCCUGGGAGGCGAUCCGCGCCAUGAAGGUGCGCGGCGCCCCAGCCAUCGCCCUUGUAGGCUGCCUCAGCCUAGCCGUGGAGCUACAGGCGGGCUCUGGGGGACCCGGGCUUGCUGCACUCGUGGCCUUCGUACGUGACUCCUUGAGCUUCCUCGUCACCGCCCGGCCCACCGCUGUGAACAUGGCCCGCGCCGCCCGUGACCUGGCCGACGCUGCGGCCCUGCAGGCCGAGCAAGAGGGAGCCACCGAGGAGUUGGUCCGGGAGAGGAUGAUCUGCUAUGCUGAGGACAUGCUAGAGAAAGACCUCAGGGACAAUCGGAGCAUUGGGGACCUGGGAGCCCAACACCUUCUGCAACGGGCAGCCCCUGAGGGCGGCAAGGUGACUGUGCUGACUCAUUGUAACACGGGCGCCCUGGCUACUGCUGGCUAUGGCACAGCCCUGGGGGUGAUCCGAUCGCUGCACCACCUUGGCCGUCUGGAGCGCGCCUUCUGCACAGAGACCCGGCCCUACAACCAGGGAGCCCGGCUGACAGCCUUCGAGCUGGUGUACGAGCAGAUCCCCGCCACCCUCAUCACCGACAGCAUGGCCGCUGCUGCCAUGGCUCACAGGGGCGUGUCAGCUGUCGUCGUGGGAGCUGAUCGCGUGGUUGCCAAUGGUGACACAGCCAACAAGGUGGGCACCUACCAGCUAGCCAUUGCUGCCAGGUACCACGGCAUCCCCUUCUACGUGGCCGCUCCCAGCUCCUCCUGUGACUUCCGCCUGAAGACAGGCCAGGAGAUUGUCAUCGAGGAGCGACCGGGCCAGGAGCUGACCGACAUCAAUGGGGUCAGGAUAGCAGCGCCUGGGAUUGGGGUUUGGAAUCCUGCCUUUGAUGUAACCCCACACGAACUUAUCACCGGCGGCAUCAUCACCGAAUUGGGGGUCUUCGCACCCAAAGAGCUUCAGGCAGCUCUAUGCACCACCAUCUCCUGA